AUGAUUCGAAAAAAAUGUAAAUAUAGUAAUUUAUCGAUCCGAUUUAACCCAUCGGUAAAGCCUUCCACAAAAGAAUACUAUCCUAUUUAUUUGACUCGAAUUAUUGAAGUGAAAAAUAUAUUGUUGGAGAGAGUUGAGAAAAAAUGGGGUAAAAAAUAUUCAGUUUGGGAACCCUCAAAUGCUGGCAAGCAACCUGGUUUAUGUGUAGUUUUAGGGACUAUUUUCAAAGAUCAGAAAUUAAAACCAUCAAUUUUAAAAGAAAUUACAAAAGAAAAUCAACUAAUUCCACAACAAAUUCGAACACAUUUCAAAGAUGAUUUCGAUGUUUUAAUUUUAGAAAACGAACUACGUUUAAAAUUACAUGAAGAUUUGAGUGUUCAUGAUAUUGUAACGGGUAUUCCAUGUGCCAUUUUAGGUAGUGAAAUUAGCUUAAGACAAUUUAAGGUUGAAGAAUACGUGUUUGUCGGUUGCUCUGAACAAAUUGAAAGGCCAAUAUUCACGGAUGAUCAAUUGGUUGUGUUUAUUUCUGGCAUCGAUAUGGCAAAUCCAACUGUUAGUUUAAUGGCGUUACAGUUAUUUAUUGAUUGGGUCGUUGGGUUAGCUGCGAAUAAGAAUGAUUUGGACCAAGUGUCGAAAAUUUGUCGUGUGGUAAUUGUAGGAAAUUCAAUUCGUGCAUCUCCAUAUAUUAAAAUGAAAAAAUCAUUAUUCGUUAAAUCGAAAUUAUCCAGUAAAUUUACAACGUUUCAUGGAGUUACAAAUCCAUAUCAAUUCGAGCUAGAUGGGUUUAAUUUUUUGGGCACUUCAGGCCAACCAAUAAAAUCAAUAUUAAGUUACAGUAAUAUUGAAGAUCCUUUAGAAGCUUUACAAUGAUGUGGUCAUUUAUGUCCAACAGAACCAGAUACCUUAAGUUGUUAUCCUUAUUAUUCAAAAGAUCCAUUCAUAAUAAGGGAUUGUCCGCAUACAAAAUAUGAAAAUAAAAUUUAUAAAGGACCAGAAAAUCAAGAAAUUCAACGUAUAUGCAAACCAGAAUUUGCAAAAACCCAAACAGUUGCUGUACUCAAUUUAAAAACAUUUUCCACUUAUCCAGUAUCAUUUCAAGUUGGUUUAUAA